AUGGAGAAUUUCCUCCUAGAAAUGGAAAGGGAGAAGCCUGUUAGAUUCACAGCACAACAGCUAGAUUCAUUUACAAGUAAUUACUCAACUAGGUUCGGAUCUGGAGGUUUUGGAUCAGUCUUCAAGGGUCAAUUUCCAAAUGGAGAGAGGAUUGCAAUAAAGGUUCUUAAAUGGAGUGUGGACAGAAGAGCUGAAGCGCAAUUCAUGGCAGAAGUGGGUGCAAUUGGAAGAACUUACCAUUUAAAUCUGGUUAGACUUUAUGGUUUUUGCCACGACCAGUUCAUGAGCGCGCUUGUCUAUGAGUACAUGGAAAAUGGAGAAGAAAUACGAGUCUUGGUUCUACUGACAGCCUCGAUGUUGUUUCCUAAACAUGUUUGGGAAGUAUAUGAGAAAGGCGAAGUGGGUGCAGUGACAUUAGCUUGUGUGAUUGAAGAGAGAGAGAAAGAGAAAGCAGAGGGAAUGUGUAAGGUGGCAUUGUGGUGUGUACAAGACUCACCAGAGGCGAGGUCACCAAUGAGUGCUGUGGUGAAGAUGUUGGAGGGAGGAGUGGAAAUUGUGCCACUUCCAAAACCAUUUCAGUAG